GUUAACUACACAUGGUUGUGGUGCCCAUUCACAGAAAAAGGACUGUCGUUGCUCCGUGUACCUAACCAUAACCAUCAAUGCCUUUCUUAAAAUCAAUACAUAUAAGUAUAUAUUUUUAAACCUGCAUAUUUAACUCAAAGAAAUCCAGGUUAGCAGGCAAUAUUAACCAGGUGAAAUUGUCACUUCUCUUGCGUUCAUUGCACGCAGAAUCAGGGUAUAUGCGAUAAUAAACAUUUUGUUUUUGAAAUGAUAGUUUCUGGAUUCGACCAUAUUAAUGACCAAAGGCUUGUAUUUCUGUGUGUUAUUAUGUUAUAAUUAAGUCUAUGAUUUGAUAGAGCAGUCUGACUGAGCGAUGGUAGGCAGCAGCAGGCUCGUAAGCAUUAAUUCAAACAGCACUUUCGUGCGUUUGUGAAAUGGCUAGCUAGUUAGCGGGGUGCGCGCUAAUAGCGUUUAAAACGUCACUCGCUCUAAGACUUGGAGUAGUUGUUCCCCUUGCUCUGCAUGGGUAACGCUGCUUCGAGGAUGACUGUUGUUGUGUUCCUGGUUCGAGCCCAGUUAGGGGCGAGGAGGGGACGGAAGCUAUACUGUUACACUGGCAAUACUAAAGUGCCUAUAAGAACAUCCAAUAGUCAAAGGUAUAUGGAAUACAAAUGGUAUAGCGAGAAAUAGUCCUAUAAAUACUAUAUUAACUACAACCUAAAACCUCUUACCUUGGAAUAUUGAAGUCUCAUGUUAAAAGGAACCACCAGCUUUCAUAUGUUCUGAGCAAGGAACUUAAAUGUUGGCUUUGUCACAUAUUGUACUUUUACUUUCUUCUCCAACACCUUUUUAAAAAUGUUUUUAAACCAAAUUCAACAUGUUUCAUUAUUUAUUUGAGGCUAAAUUGAUUUUAUUGAUGUAUUUAUAUUAAGUUAAAAUAAGUGUUUAUUUAGUAUUGUUGUAAUUGUCAUUAUCACAAAUACAUUUUAAAAAAUCGUCCGAUUAAUCGGUGUCGGCUUUUUUUUUGUCCUCCAAUAAUCGGUAUCUGCGUUGAAAAAUCAUAAUCGGUCAACCUACACUACAAUGAGUUGUCCUUGUAUUCUGUGGUUAGACUAGCCUAUCAUUAGCAGGAUCAUAGUGUCACAUGGAUAUGGUAAAACAUGUACCGUCCGCCUCUCCAGUGUCAGUAACAGCACAAUGUUAUAUAGGCCUGGUGCCGUGAUUGGCUGGAGUUCUGAUAUGAACAGUGUGCCAAUGGAGGGGGUGUACCAGUGCAUUACUUUGAGGGCUGUUGAAUAUGAGAACUGCUCUGUUGUUGUGAAAUCUCGCUACUGCCUUUUGAAUGCCACACUGCAGUGGAGCCAUCUCUCCCUCUUCUGUGUGUCCAGCUACUUUCUCUACUCCUCCUCGCCACCCUGUCUCCUCAGGCUGCCGGUCCUAAUGUGGAGGCGGAGCAGAACUUGUGUUGAGCACGUGCCUGUGUUGCCAUGGGGACACCCCCCUUGUUCCUGCUCCUCCUGGGCCUGACCCCUAUGCUCCGCCUGACUGUUCAUACCUUCCACACGUCCGCCCCUCCCCCGGCUCCCCCUCCCUCCUGUGGGCCGGGCCAGUCCUGGGCCGUCCGGCUGCACACAGACUCCGAGCUGCUGGAGGCUGAAGGCUCCACCCUUCACGAGAUGGCCAGCAGGGUGGCUGAGCAGGCUGGCCUGGAGAACAGGGGCCAGAUAGGGCAGCUGGAGGGCCACUACCUGCUCUGUGCCGGGCCUGAGGAGGUGGGCAGGCCGGGGGACGUGCUGGCAGCCCACCCUCAUGUGCUCUGGCACUCCCAGGAGCAGGUCCUCAGCCGCUCCAAGAGAGCAAUAGCCUUCAACGACCCCAGAUACCCAUUACAGUGGCACCUGCACAACGAUGUCAAGGAGGGCAUGGACAUCAAUGUGACUGGUGUAUGGGAGCACAACAUCACAGGGACAGGGGUGACAGUGGUGGUCGUGGACGAUGGGGUUCAGCAUACCCUCCAGGACAUUCAGCCAAACUAUAGUCCAGAGGGCAGUUAUGACUUGAACUCCAACGACCCGGACCCCAUGCCCCACCCGGACGCCCGCAGUGACAACCACCAUGGCACGCGCUGCGCUGGGGAGAUCGCCGCUGUCUCCAACAACAGCUUCUGCGCUGUGGGCGUGGCCUAUGGCAGUAAAGUGGCAGGUAUCAGAGUCCUGGAUGGGCCGCUCACAGACAGUAUGGAGGCGGUGGCUUUCAACAAGCACUACCAGAUCAACGACGUCUACAGCUGCAGUUGGGGUCCUGACGAUGAUGGCCGCACUGUCGAUGGACCACACCCCUUGGGCAAGGCGGCGCUGCAGCACGGAGUGAUUGCUGGCAGACGGGGCUUCGGCAGUAUCUUUGUCGUCGCCAGUGGCAAUGGGGGCCAGUACGAGGACAACUGCAACUACGAUGGCUAUGCUAACUCAAUCUACACUGUUACCAUUGGAGCAGUAAAUGAGGAAGGGAUGAUGCCCUUCUAUGCUGAGGAGUGUGCCUCCAUGCUGGCUGUCACCUUCAGCAGUGGGGGCAGAACGCUGCGUAGUAUUGUGACGUCAGACUGGUCACUGCAGCAGGGCACGGGCUGUACUGACGGGCACACGGGCACCUCGGCGGCGGCACCCCUGGCGGCUGGCAUGGUGGCUCUGAUGCUGCAGGUCCGGCCCUGUCUCACCUGGAGAGACGUGCAGCACAUCAUCACCUACACAGCCACACAGUAUGAUGUGCAAGGGGACUGGAAAAUCAAUGGAGCGGGCUUCCACCACAGUCACCAGCACGGCUUCGGCCUGCUCAACGCCUGGCGGCUGGUCAACGCUGCCAAGGUGUGGGAGAUGGUGCCAUUCCUAGUGUCCUAUCAGAGCCCAGUGCUGAAGGAGGAGGCUCUUGUCCCAGCCUAUCCGGAGCAACUCAACCUAACCUGGAACGUCACUGCAGCUGACCUCAGGCAGUCCGGGAUGCAGACCUUGGAGCACGUGUCUGUCACCUUGACGCUGGUCCAUUCUCGCCGCGGCAGCGUGGAGAUCGCUCUGCUCUGCCCCAGUGGAAUGACCUCACUCAUCGGGGCGCGCCGUGCUCUGGACACGGAUACCUCGGGUUACUCAGACUGGACGUUCUCCACUGUGCGCUGCUGGGGAGAGGGAGCCGAGGGCCAGUACAGGCUGCAAGUCUCUGACCACAGUAAGGAAGAGCCUGCGUGGCCCCUGGGCUCUCUGAAGCACUGGAAGCUCACUCUGUACGGCUCCUCUCUGUCCUUCGAAGAGGUCAAGGAGAGACAGAGUGUGGUGGAGGAGGCUAUGGGGGGGCAGUAUCUGGACAGCAGUUUCUCCCUGCCCUGUCCUGCAGGCAUGGACAUCCCCCCUGAGACGGUCAGCCCGUUCACAUCCAGCAGCCUCAAGUCUCUGCUACUGCUGGGCUGCUUCGCACUCUUCUGGUCCCUGUACUACACCCUGGAGGUGACCUUGGCCAACCUGGACUUUAGAGGACUGUGUUGGUGGGACAGGGGGACGCGGGGCUCCCACAGGGGGCUGGAGAUGCUCUGAGCUGGAGAGAACUGUGUGUUGGACUAAUCACUGGAGACGCUGCCACAUAACACUGGAGAAAACCUCUUCCCUCUACAACCUCCCACCUGCCGUUCAUCAGUCUAGGCCUGCUGUGAACCCAGGGGGGCAAACUGGACUGGACUGGAGACUGAGCUAUGUGGGCUGGAACUGUGAUCUCACUGGCCCACCCAUCUAAAAAAAAAAAAAACUGGCCCACCCAUCUCUCCCCAAGCCUGUGGCCUUAUAUCAGCGUUGCAGAGCCCCAAGCCUGUGGCCUUUUAUCAGCGUUGCAGAGCCCCAAGCCUGUGGCCUUAUAUCAGCGUUGCAGAGCCCCAAGCCUGUGGCCUUAUAUCAGCGUUGCAGAGCCCCAAGCCUGUGGCCUAAUAUCAGCGUUGCAGAGACCCAAGCCUGUGGCCUUAUAUCAGCGUUGCAGAGCCCCAAGCCUGUGGCCUUAUAUCAGCGUUGCAGAGCCCCAAGCCUGUGGCCUUUUAUCAGCGUUGCAGAGACCCAAGCCUGUGGCCUUUUAUCAGCGUUGCAGAGACCCAAGCCUGUGGCCUUAUAUCAGCGUUGCAGAGACCCAAGCCUGUGGCCUUAUAUCAGCGUUGCAGAGACCCAAGCCUGUGGCCUUAUAUCAGCGUUGCAGAGACCCAAGCCUGUGGCCUUAUAUCAGCGUUGCAGAGACCCAAGCCUGUGGCCUUUUAUCAGCGUUGCAGAGACCCAAGCCUGUGGCCUUUUAUCAGCGUUGCAGAGACUCAAGCCUGUGGCCUUUUAUCAGCGUUGCAGAGACCCAAGCCUGUGGCCUUAUAUCAGCGUUGCAGAGACCCAAGCCUGUGGCCUUUUAUCAGCGUUGCAGAGACCCAAGCGUAUGUGAGUAAGUGUACUGCGGGGGAGCAACCUAAACCCUCUGGAUCUCUCAGGACCCUCCGGUCUCACCUAGCAGUGCUAUAGAAGUGGUAGUUUGGCCUGGUCUUUGGGUUGAAGUGUGUAUCACUAGUUUGGUUCAGUCCCUUACCUGGGUCUUUUACUGUGGGAUUAGACAGCAUGCUGGACAACCAGACAGAGCAGCACUCCUGGGGUGGUUUCCUGGACAAUGAUUAUCCUGGACUAAAAAGCAAGAUCAAUUACGAAUAUCCGUUAGAAAUGCUUUUUAGCCCAGGAUUAGGUUAUAGUCUGGGUCCGUAACCGGCCCUUGCAGUUUAAGUCAGUCUUCCAAAGUUUAUUAGGUGUGCACCAUGGGAAGGCAUUACAAUGCUGUGCGUGUGAAUGUGUUUUAAAAUGUAAAUGGUUUUGGGGAUGUGUGACGGUGUGAGAGUGAUGGAGUGCUCUUGACAUUUUGGCUGCUUUUUAAAUUAUUUAUUUUAUUAAUAGGAUUUGUUCAAAUGUUUGCAUUGUAAUUUCAGAAAAUACUGUGUACGAAGCAUGAAACACCUUCCUAAUAUUGAGUUGCCCUCAGAACAGUCAAUUUGUCAGGGGAUGGACUCUACAAGGUGUCAAGCAUUCCACAGGGAUAAUGUUCCAUGUUGACUCAAAUGAUUCCCACAAUUGUCAAUUUGACUGGGUGACCUUUGGAUGUUAGACCAAGUUGCUUUUGGUUUUGGUCCAACAGCUUCAAACAGUUGUAAAAAAAAAUAUAUAUAUAUAUAUAUAUAUAUAUAUUGCGAUGAUUUUAGAUGGUACAAUGAUUACCGACACUAUUCCGUGCUUGUUUUCUCGCAAACUGAAAUUGAGCGAACAGUGUAGAAUUUUUGCAACUAGGAAAUUAAUCAUUUCCACUAGAUAACACAGCCACGAAUUCAGAACAGCUUUCCCAUUUUGACAACAGAUUACAUUCCGGUGGGAGAAAUCAGUAUGCAAAUAUCGCAGCCAAUCCCAACACUAGCGGCUAAGUGAUACUGUGAAACACUUUCAUUCCACUAUUAGCGCCAGAUAUAUUAUGGAAAUUGUUCUGAAAUUACAAUGCAUAAAUUCAAAGAAAUCCUGUGUGUAGCAGCUUUAAAGCUACAAUAUGUAAGUUUUUGGGCGACCGGACCAAGUUCGUAUAGAAAUGGGAGAUCAUUCAUUCCUGUCUAAGAAGCGGUAGAUUUGUUCUAUGUGUGCUAUUUCUAUGCUUCCCGUUCUAAAGUUUUUGCUUAUUUUACCUUCGGUUUUGUACUCUAACUUUAAACAGCUGAAUAUACAAUAUUUUUGAUUAUUGAAAAUAUAUUUCAAAGCGGUUUAGAUGGUACGGUGGUUCUCUACACAAUGACUACUUGUUUUGUCACGAACUGAAAUUACGCAAACUAUACGUAUUUUAGCAACCAGGAAACGAUGGAGCGAUCUCUGUGCAUCUUUUAAGUUAAUUAUUUGUAAAACGACCUCCUGUUGGGAAUGUUAUUUUGUGCAGACUGUAUACAUUUUUCCAGUACUUGAACUUGAUUUGGGAUCUGAGUGUGGGGUUGAAUGUGUUUUUAAAAACUGUAAUAUGUGUGUUGUACAUCUAUAUAUCAGAGUUUGAUGAUUUUUAUGAACUGAAACAUAUUAAAGAUUGUAUUUUUAUUUACUGAA